AUGAAUAAAAUCAGAGUAUCAUCAUCCCCUGAAUUACAUCCUCCUCCAUCCCACACACAGAGGUUCGAUGAUUCAAGUCUUCAAGGGAUUGCCGCAAAUGUGAAAUUACUUUUGAAACUAAUCGAGGAUCACAAGGAGGCAUGUUCAAAGGAGCAGAACGAUGGCAGAAGAAUGUUAAGGGUGGCAGGAAUGAUGACCAUCCUUGAAAACAUCAGAAGCCGUAUUCAACAUUGCAUGUCAUCAUGCAAGAAAAGAGACGCCGUUCUACGACGUUCUAAUUCAGAUCUCCAUAGAUCCAUCCAACUCACCAGGGAUAAGAAACCAUCUAACAACGAAACCCCAGACGAUAGAGAUAAGCUUAAGAGAGAUCUCGACUCAAGUUUGGCUGCAAGGAAAGGUCUGGAGGCUAUGUGUUUCAGCCUCGGCAAAGAAAAGAAGAUCAUGGCCGAUGAGUUAACAAAGAAGGCCCAAGAAUUGAAUGAAAUGGAGGAGUUUGUUAAUGAUAUGAGAGCUCAGAAUGAUGCACUUUUAGCUAGGGUUAGAGAUUCCAAUUCAUCAAACACUGGAUCCGGAGGAGGAGGAGAUCAUCAAAUGCAAACGGGAAAUAAUCAUUGGGCCUUACAGGAAAGAAACAAGACCUUGUCUGAACAGUUGCAGAGGCUGCUCGCCGGUUAUAAAUCUGCAAAGAGGAGAUUACAAGAGUCUGAGAUUGAAAAUGGAUCGGUUAAUGCUACCAUGGAUCAGAUGGCUAUGGAAAUGAAAGAGGGACGCUUGAGAAUUCAAGGGCUUAGAGAGCGAAUUGCAACAGAAAGGAAUGUUGAAGGAGAAGGAGAAAGAGCUUCGUUUGAUGUUGAAGAGGAGAUCUCUGGAUUGGAGCAUAUGUUUCUUUCCUUUGAAACCAAGCUCUCCAGAAACGGGAAGAGAAAAGCCAACAAUGGAGCAUAAGAAUCUGAAUGAUGAAUCACCAGAGGUCAUAAACAGAAACU